AUGUGGCAUCGCGCAUUAGCGACAGUCCUCGUUUUGUUGCGUUUUGCGGGUCACUCGCUGGCAGGGUUUCCGAAUCAGAUCAACAUCGGUGGACUUUUCAUGCGCUCUACAGUGCAGGAGCACAGCGCCUUCAGGUUUGCUGUGCAGCUGUACAACACCAACCAGAAUGCGACGGAGAAACCCUUCCACCUCAAUUACAAUGUCGACAACCUGGAGUCCUCCAACAGUUUCUCUGUCACACACGCCUUCUGCUCCCAGUUCUCCCGGGGAGUCUACGCCAUCCUCGGCUUCUACGACAGGAAGUCCAUGAACACGCUGACCUCCUUCUGUGGGGCGCUGCACACCUCCUUCAUCACGCCCAGCUUCCCCAUCGAUGCUGAUGUGCAGUUCGUCAUCCAGAUGAGGCCCGGUUUGCGAGGGGCUGUCCUCAGUCUGCUGGACCAUUACAAGUGGGAGAAGUUCGUCUACCUUUACGACACUGAUAGAGGUUUUGCAAUCCUCCAGGCCAUCAUGGAGUCGGCUGUAGCCAAUAACUGGCAGGUGACAGCCCGCUCGGUGGGGAACAUCGUGGACCCCACGGAGUACAGACGCAUCAUCGAGGAGAUGGACCGGCGGCAGGAGAAACGCUUCCUCAUCGACUGUGAGGUGGACAGGAUCAACUCCAUACUGGAGCAGGUGGUGAUCGCGGGAAAGAACAGCAGAGGAUACCACUACAUCCUCGCCAACCUGGGGUUUUCCAACGUGAGCCUGGACCGGGUCUUUGCUGGUGGAGCCAACAUCACAGGCUUCAAGAUCAUCAACCCAGACAGCGUCAUCGUCCAACAGUUCCUCCAGCGCUGGGAGCGCCUGGAUGAAAGAGAAUUUCCAGAAGCCAAAAACACUCCGCUGAAGUAUACAUCAGCGCUGACCCACGACUCCAUCCUUGUGAUCGUGGAGGCCUUCCGGUACCUUCGGCGGCAGCGAGUGGACGUGUCUCGCAGGGGGAGUGCGGGCGACUGCCUGGCCAACCCGGCCGUGCCCUGGAGCCAAGGCAUCGACAUCGAGAGAGCACUCAAAAUGGUCCAAGUACUUGGUAUGACGGGCAACAUCCAGUUUGACACAUUUGGUCGACGAACUAAUUACACCAUCGAUGUGUACGAGAUGAAGUCAGGAGGCCCGAGGAAGAUCGGCUACUGGAAUGAGUACGAAAAAUUUGUAUAUAUAAUGGAUCAGCAGGUCACCAACGAGUCCUCUUCUGUGGAAAACCGAACAAUUGUGGUCACUACUAUUAUGGAAGCUCCGUAUGUGAUGUACAAGAAAAACUAUAUGCAGAUGGAGGGGAAUGACAGAUAUGAAGGCUACUGUGUCGAUUUAGCUUCUGAAAUUGCAAAACAUGUGGGGAUAAGAUAUAAGCUGUCGGUAGUCCCCGAUGGGAAGUACGGCGCCAGAGACCCAGAGACCAAGACGUGGAAUGGCAUGGUGGGAGAACUGGUUUACGGGAGAGCUGACAUAGCCGUGGCUCCUCUAACUAUAACACUGGUGCGGGAGGAAAUGAUAGACUUCUCUAAGCCCUUCAUGAGCCUGGGCAUCUCCAUUAUGAUUAAGAAGCCUCAAAAGUCCAAACCCGGGGUGUUUUCCUUCCUGGACCCGCUGGCCUAUGAGAUUUGGAUGUGUAUAGUCUUUGCCUAUAUUGGCGUGAGUGUGGUGCUCUUCCUGGUGAGCCGUUUCAGCCCAUAUGAGUGGCAUCUCGACGAGAACGAUGAGGCCAAAGACCCUCAGAGCCCCCCAGACCCUCCGAACGACUUUGGGAUUUUUAAUAGCCUGUGGUUCUCCCUGGGCGCCUUCAUGCAGCAAGGAUGCGAUAUCUCGCCAAGGUCUCUGUCUGGGCGCAUCGUCGGAGGAGUGUGGUGGUUCUUCACCCUCAUCAUCAUCUCCUCCUACACGGCCAACCUGGCUGCCUUCCUCACCGUGGAGAGGAUGGUCUCUCCGAUCGAGAGCGCAGAGGACUUGGCCAAGCAGACGGAGAUUGCCUACGGGACGUUAGACUCAGGCUCCACUAAAGAGUUCUUUAGGCGCUCCAAAAUAGCAGUUUAUGAGAAAAUGUGGUCUUACAUGAAAUCGGCAGAACCGUCAGUGUUUGCCAAGACAACACCAGACGGAGUGUCCCGGGUACGAAAGUCGAAGGGCAAGUUCGCCUUUCUGCUCGAGUCCACUAUGAACGAGUACAUAGAGCAGCGGAAGCCGUGCGACACCAUGAAAGUGGGCGGGAACCUCGACUCUAAGGGCUAUGGCGUGGCCACACCCAAAGGCUCUGCAUUAGGAAAUGCUGUUAACCUGGCAGUGUUAAAACUGAAUGAGCAAGGCCUCUUGGACAAAUUGAAAAACAAAUGGUGGUACGACAAGGGAGAGUGCGGCAGCGGGGGAGGUGACUCUAAGGACAAGACAAGUGCACUAAGCCUGAGCAACGUGGCAGGAGUCUUCUAUAUUCUGGUAGGAGGGCUGGGCCUGGCUAUGACCGUGGCUUUGAUAGAGUUCUGCUAUAAGUCUCGGCAAGAAACCAAAAGACUGAAGCUGGCAAAGAACGCCCAGAACUUUAAGCCAGCCCCUCCGGCAAACACCCAGAAUUUUGCCACGUACCGUGAAGGCUACAACGUUUACGGGACAGAGAGUGUUAAAAUCUAG